CGGGCGGGCUGCGGGGCACAGAGCGAGCGGAGCGUCCGGAGCGGCCCUGCCCUGCCCGGCCCUGCCUGGCCCUGCCCGGCCCGGCCCUUCGCCUCCCGCCGCCCGCGGCCCUUCCCGCCCGCAGAGCAGCGGGGGUGGACACCGCAGGAUCAUGGAUUUUCCAGGACACUUUGAGCAAAUCUUUCAGCAGCUGAACUACCAGAGGCUCCAUGGCCAGCUUUGUGACUGUGUCAUUGUGGUGGGGAACAGGCACUUCAAAGCCCACCGCUCUGUUUUGGCAGCCUGCAGCACCCACUUCCGAGCCCUCUUCACUGUGGCUGAAGGAGACCAAACUAUGAACAUGAUCCAGCUGGACAGCGAGGUGGUGACAGCAGAAGCCUUUGCUGCUCUGAUCGACAUGAUGUACACUUCCACUCUGAUGCUCGGGGAGAGCAAUGUUAUGGAUGUCUUGCUGGCUGCCUCCCACUUACACUUGAACUCCGUUGUUAAGGCCUGCAAACACUACCUUACCACCAGGACACUGCCCAUGUCUCCGCCCAGCGACAGGGUUCAAGAGCAAAAUGCCCGCAUGCAGAGGUCCUUCAUGCUGCAGCAGCUGGGGCUGAGCAUCGUCAGCUCUGCCUUAAAUUCCACUCCCAGCACAGAGGAGCAGCCCAGUGCCAUGAGCUCCUCAAUGAGAGGAAACAUGGAGCAGCGCACCACCUUCCCCAUCCGCCGGCUCCACAAGCGCAAGCAGUCGUCGGAGGAGCGUGCCCGGCAGCGCAUCAGGCCCUCCAUGGAUGAGGCGGUCUCUGAGGUGGCUGCCGAGAGCGGGCAGACAGGGGUUCACUCCCGGGAGGACUUCUUCUCACCAGACUCACUGAAGAUUGUGGACAACGCAAAGGCUGAGGCGGUGGCUGAUAACCAGGAGGACAACACGAUAAUGUUUGACCAGUCUUUCGGUGCUCAGGAGGAUGCUCAAGUGCCCAGCCAGUCUGACAACAGCGCCGGAAACAUCUCACAGAUGUCCAUGGCAUCCCAGGCCACGCACGUGGAAACCAGCUUUGACCAGGAGCCUGCUUCUGAGAAGAGCAACUUCCCGUGUGAGAACACGGAGGUCAGUCUGAACGAGAAAGAGCACAUGAGGGUGGUGGUGAAGUCUGAGCCCCUGAGCUCCCCGGAGCCUCAGGACGAGGUGAGCGAUGUCACGUCCCAGGCAGAGGGCAGCGAGUCUGUGGAGGUGGAAGGGGGAGUGGUGAGUGCAGAGAAGAUAGAGUUGAGUCCUGAGAGCAGCGACCGGAGCUUCUCUGACCCACAGUCCAGCACCGACCGGGUGGGCGACAUCCACAUCAUGGAGGUGUCAAACAACCUGGAACACAAGUCUACUUUCAGUAUCUCAAAUUUUCUAAAUAAAAGCAGAAGUGGUGGCUUCGGCACAAGUCAGAACAGUGACGACAACAUUCCAAACACCACCAGUGACUGCAGGAUGGACAGUGAUGCCUCUUACCUGAUGAGUCCAGAGUCAGGGCCUGCUGGUGGCCAUUCGUCUGCCACUGUCUCUCACGUCGAGAACCCGUUCAGUGAGCCUGCAGACUCUCACUUUGUCAGACCAAUGCAGGACGUGAUGGGUCUCCCCUGCGUGCAGACCUCGGGGUACCGGGCAGCAGAACAGUUUGGGAUGGAUUUCCCCCGCUCGGGCCUGGGUUUGCAUUCCCUCUCCAGAGCCAUGAUGGGGUCAGUAAGAGGUGGAGCCAGCAGCUUUCCUGGCUACCGCCGCAUCGCCCCCAAAAUGCCGGUGGUGACCUCUGUCAGGAGCUCCCAGCUGCAAGACAACUCCUCCAGCUCCCAGCUGAUGAUGAACGGGACCACCUCCUUCGAGAAUGGGCACCCGUCGCAGCCUGGCCCGCCCCAGCUGACCCGGGCCUCUGCUGACGUCCUCUCCAAGUGCAAGAAGGCCUUAUCCGAGCACAACGUCCUGGUUGUGGAAGGCGCUCGCAAGUAUGCCUGCAAGAUCUGCUGCAAGACCUUCCUGACCCUGACGGACUGCAAGAAGCACAUCCGCGUGCACACAGGGGAGAAGCCUUAUGCCUGCCUCAAGUGUGGCAAACGCUUCAGCCAGUCCAGCCACCUCUAUAAACACUCCAAGACCACCUGCCUGCGGUGGCAGAGCAGCAACCUGCCCAGCACUUUGCUUUAACCCCCUCCACCCUGCCAGGCCUGGCGGGCAGCACCGGGAGCCGGGGUCCAGCAGCACCGCGGGACAACGACGCCUUCCUCCCAGGCUGCGGGCUUGGAGCUGCCCCCGCCGGUCAGUGAACAGGGGGGGGUGGUUGCUGUGCCACGUGGGGCAGAGGUGGUCGUGGUCUGUAAUUGGGGAUAUUUCUGUACCUACCUCACGGAGUGCGGUGGGGCUGGAGCUGCUGCAGCCUGGGGUGGGCAGAUGGGGAUACCGACCCUGCGCGCAGCGGGUCCUUGGCAGGGCAGAACGUGGUUAUCUGAUGAAGUAGCAUGUUUCAAGAACAAGAAACUGAAGUGCAAAUUUCCUCUUUUUCCUGUUUUUAUUUCCCCCGCCCCUGAAGUAUUUUGUAAAAGUGAAAGCAUUUAAAUAAACGACCUGUAAAACGAGUCGCUGCGUUGUGUGCCGACAGUGAUGCAGGAGGUGUCCAGCGUAACUAAUACAGACAGCACACCUUAAAAAGAGUAAAACAACUUCACAUGCACCUGUCGGACACAAUGCUUUAAAAUACACUAAUUAUAAAAAUAGUUCUAGGGUUAUGAAUGUAUGUUUGGCUGUUUUGUAGUAAAGGACACUGUGUAAUGAAGGUGCUUAAAUUAAAUCCAAGACAAGUAACUUUUGGACUGCCAGAUGUAUAUAUACUUUGGGUACAGCAAGAUCUGGGUGUUUGACUGAUUUUUUCUGUAGAAACUUGUAUUAAGUGAUAAGUGAAGUACUGUUCCUUGUUCGUGCUAUUCUUAGCAGUAUUUAACCAGUUUGUAUCUCCUAUGUUAAAAUUCUAUAUACAUGGAAGUCUGAAAAGAGCUUGUCUUUGUUUGCAUUGCUAUUUUGAAGGAGAGAGAUGAUGGCUUUCUUUACUGUGUAAGGUAGUCUCUUGCUGUUUCCAGAUGCUGACAGUCUGAUCCCCCUUAUUGUGCAAGCAUAUUGUCCUUUUUUGACACUCUUUAUCUUCAGACUUUAAUUUCCUCUUCUGUACACUUGCUUUCCUUCAGAGCUAUGGUUUGUUCCUCGGAACAGACCCGUUGGGAAUGAUACUCAUUUGCCAUAUUUAUUUAUGUCUCUCUCUAAAAUGUAGCUGUCAAAUCCACUUAAAGUAGUGUUAUAAGUGGACUUUUCCACAUGAAUUAAAAAAAAAAAAUCUAGCCUAAGCAUAAUUUUAAAAAUAGCACUGUACACUUUGUAAAGCAGGAUUACAGUGAUGGUUAUUCUUUGAGUGAAUCAUGGAGAUCUUGGUUUAAUUUCCUCUUCUUUGAUACUAUUGUAACUAAUACCAUCCACAGCCUCUUUUUUUUUUCCUUUGUUAAAGAUGUACGUGAACUAGCUACUAGCAUUCAGCAUAUUAGGUUUCUAUAUAAAAUUUUGGAGCACUUCUGCUCAUCACUGUUGCUCUGCCAUACAAAAGCUGGCUCAGGGCUGCAGCAUGUCCACUCUGCUCAGGAGGGGCAGAGGAUUUGCAUUUCCUGAAGCUGAAGUCGCAGAGCAAGAGCUUUCCAUUGGUACAAAACCAAAUAAAUUUGCAGCCCUUCCCUUCUGUGUUGUUCUGGGUAGCAAAUGCAUCCUGACUGAUGAUACUCAGCAGUUUUGUGCAGUUUGUCCUGCCUGGUAGCUAUAAGCCUUUUUAAACAUCUUGGACUUGUGUCUGGAUAAACUCAAAACAAAAUCCCAGCCCACAAUCAUGUAGGUCAUUUAGGAGGAUGAACUUUUAAAGCUGUUGUAGCACAGAAAUCAAACAGCCCUUGUCACACCAAAGGAAAUGUGGAAACCUGUCUUCUAAUGAAGAAAUACAUCUUCAUCUGUUAAUUACACUGCUCCACAUUGAAAAAAAAACCAAAACCAAAUGUCUGCCAACAUGUCAUUUGCACCUUGUGCAUCCAAGGUAAACAGGAACAUGGAAACACAGUGAAUGAUUGGAUUAAUUCCUUUAUGGUGAUAAGAUUUUGUUACAGGACUUAUUUAAUGAUUCAUGUUUCUGGCUCUUGGUUUUAUAAGCAUUAAGGAAAUGUGCUGCAUUUUUUAAAAAGUAUUAGGAUAUGCCAUGUUUUGUUUGGUAAUAAUUUUGAUAUCAGGGGACUAACAGCACUGAGCUAUACUAAAUCUCACAGAAACACCAAUAAAAUGCAGUAUUUUGUACUUCAAUAUUUUCUUGUGUUGCCUUAUUAGUAAUGUUCUGAUUGUUUAAUCUUCCUUGCAUUUCUAGUGCUUUGUUUUGAAAAUAGGGUGUUUUUACAUUUGGUCUCUGUUUCCUAUAGCACAUCAGGAUUCCUUGAGUUCUUAGGAUGCAUAGGAAUAAAGUGUGUGUCAGUAAGGAGGUUAGAAUAAUUGGGAAUUAAUAUCAGCAGAUACACAUAUUUAACUGUACGUUUGAUCUGUUUGUAUAAAGAUUUUAUAAAGUGUCAUUGUGAAGUACCAGCCCUUGUGCGGGAGGACUUCUUGAAACAUUUUUUUGGAAGUAGCAUCUUUAAAUUCCAUUGCUCAUCUGGUGUACCUGGAGGAGCACACUGCAAACCCAGAGCCUGUGGCUGGCUCGUUGCUUUCCUUAGUCUUCCAGUAUGAAGCAAUAUCCCAGGAUGGUCUCUCCACUUACCUGUCCCUUACUGUGAAAUGGGUGUCUGGGCAUUGUCAAAGAGCUUGCUCAAAGGUUUAACUUUACAAACACUUCCCGUGGACUCAUGUGAAAGUGUUGGUGUGUUAGAAUUAUGAAACACCUGAAAAUAAACCCUACCUUUUUUUGUGCUGCUG